CCCACCGUGAGCAACAGUUACAGUCCUGGGUCCGACCCGAAGUCCCGAACCCAGCGCACGCCGCCUUCCGACCCCAAACCGCCAGCCACGCCAGCGGCGACACCCUUGGCCACCGGAGAUGGAGCCGGAGGCCGCUGCCGCAGCCCUCGUGUCGGACGCCGCGGCGCCCGAGCACCACCCAUCGCAACUCGAUGUUUUCAAGAACAGAAUUCGACUAUUACAUGAUAGGAACACGCACGGUUUCGAUGCUUGGGUAUCAUUAAUCAGUGCUGCAGAGGGAAUGUCAGCAGAUGACAUAGAUGUUAUAAGCUUGGUAUACAAUAGCUUCCUAUUGGAAUUUCCUUUGUGCUAUGGCUACUGGAUCAAGUAUGCAGCUCACAAGGCACGUUUAUGCACAAACAGAGAUGUAGUGGAUAUUUACGAACAAGCUGUCCAAGCUGUGCCUCAUUCUGUUGAUCUUUGGGUCAGUUACUGUGGCUUUGGUACAUGUGCAUAUGAAGAACCUGCUGAUAUUAGAAGUUUAUUUGAAAGAGCUUUAUCUCUUGUUGAAAAGGAUUAUUUGUGCUAUCGCCUAUGGGACAAGUACAUAGAAUUUGAAACUUCUCAGAAACAGCUGAUUCAGCUUGCCUCCAUUUAUAUUAACACUCUGAGAUUUCCCACAAAGAAGCUGCACAUGUAUUAUGAAAGUUUUAGAAAGUUGGUAACAUUAUCGGAACAAGAGGUGACAAGCUGUGCUGCUGAAAGAUUAUCAGGAAAGAUGCAUACUUCUGAAAUGAUAGAUGGCGAAGAUUCUGAAUUGGAUAUAUCAAAUAUUAUUGCAGACUUAUUUGACCAAAAAGGUGUGCAUCUUAGUCCUGAAGCAUUGAAGCGUUACUCAUCUGCUGGGGAGAGGCUCUACAAAAGGUCCAGUAAAAUUUACAAAGAAAUCUGUUGCUUUGAGGCAUCCAUAAAAAGGCCCUUUUUUCAUGUCAAACCACUUGAUGAAGAUCAGCUUGAAAACUGGCACCAGUAUCUUGACUUUGUUGAGAAGAAUGGGGAUUUUGACUGGGCUGUAAAACUUUACGAGAGGUGUUUGAUCCCUUGUGCUAAUUAUUCGGAGUUUUGGAUUCGCUACUCGGAGUAUGUCGAUGCUAAAGGUGGCCGAGAAAUUGCAAACCAUGCUCUUGUUCGAGCAUCAUCAUGUUUUGUAAAGGGAGUUCCAACUUUCUGGAUGUAUUACGCGUUAUUUAAAGAGCAAAUUGGUGAUGCAUCAGCUGCACGCUCUCUUUUUGUUAAAGCAAGCAGCAACUUCACUUCAGGGUUUUAUGCUAAUAUUAAUAGGCUGGCCAACAUGGAAAAACGAAUGGGAAACACUAAAGCAGCUUCUGAGAUAUACGAGACAGCCAUUGACGAUGCAAUGCAGAAACAGAACAUAGAGUUACUUACGAACCUGUACAGAAAUUUUGCUCAAUUCAUAUAUGCGGCAAGUCAUAGCAUUGUGGAGGCUAAAGAAGUCUUUGUCAUGGGAAUAAAUCGUGUACCCUGUAAACCACUGAUUAAGGGACUCAUACAGUUCAUGAGUACACAUGGAGGACCUACAGAAAUACCUCUUCUUGAUUCUGUUAUUUCUAAUGCCAUAACUCCUGGAUCUGAUCUAUCUACAGCUUUAAGCCCUGAGGACCGUGAAGAUAUCUCAUUGUUGUUUUUGGAGUUUGUUGACCUCUAUGGGGAUAUUAAAGAACUCAGAAAGGCGUGGGCUCGGCAUAGUAAAUUGUUUCCUCACAGCACUGGAAACAUGUCACAGCAUUAUUCUACUAUGGGAAAUAGACUUCAAGAGAGUAACAAGAGGAGGAAAAAAGAACCUUCAAUUGUUUCACAUGAUCAGUCUUUAGAAGAUAUAAGGAAACUGAAACAGCCAUCCAAAACUGACAAUUUUUCUCUUAUAUUUGAUAAAGAGGUUGAGUCACAAGUGGAAGACAUUGUGGAUUCAGGAAAAGGAUGUAAGGAUGCAGGAGAGCAGAAAGCUUUAGAAAAUCUCAAUUCACAUGAAGAGACCAGCAGGACAUCUCAGGAAUGCACUGACAUGGUUCACCAUCAACAUAGCUUGGACAAAUUUGGAAUGCAGAACCAAACGAAUUCAUAUGCUAAAGAAGUGAUGACUAAUCAAGAUCUAAGUUUGCAUGAACAAAACGAUGAGAAAAUAUCUCAUGAGGUUCGAAGCGGCAAAGCCCCUGUAGCUGAGUCAGGUGAGUAUGAUUCCCCUUCCAAAGCAAUUGCUAGCUCUGACAGCAUCAAUUCUCAGGAGAAGGUCGCUGAGGUAUCUGCAAGUAGCCAUCAAGAAAUGUUAUGCUCCAAAUCUGAUUUGCCAUCUGAAUCAAGCAUGCCCAAAGAUGGAAGUUCUUCUGAUCCAGCUCGAAUAUCUCCAGAGCUGGAGGAAAGGCAACCUGUGGGGGUUCAGGUAAAGCUUGACAUAGUCACAGAGCAUGGUUUGUCUGUCAGUAAUGCAAACCUAGAGAGGUCUAAUGAUAGUCCAAACACAACUGACUGUGACAAGGUAAACUCUGCUCUCGGUCACGAGAGUCUAGACCAUGUCCAAUCUUCACUGCCACAGCAACUCUCAGUCUGUACAAAACCUUCGAGCUCAGAAUUAGCGAACACAAAAGCGGAUAUUCUGGGUUUUCAAGCUCAACUUCAAUACCAGGCUCCGAAUUCUCAAACACAUCAAUCUAAUAACCUUUCUCUGUCUGUACAAAACAUACAGCAGCAAGAGCUUUCUUGUACAAUGCCUCAGAAUGUUCAGACAUCCGCACAAACUCAAGAUCAACUCUUUGCACAGUUUAAUCAGGGAAACCAACAGUAUCUCCAAAUGACGCAAGGGUAUGUAUCACAAAUGUGGCAGUAUUAUCAGCAACAACUGUAUUACCUGCAAGCUCAGCACAAUCAACAGAUGCAGAUCCUGCAACAGCAACAGCUUCCAACUGAGCAUCUUCAGCAAAAUUUCAUGCAGCAAGUACAACAGCUGAACCAGCGAAUGGUACUCUGGCAGCAACAAGUGCAGCAGCAGCAAAUAGUACUACAACAGGCACUGCCAGUUCAGCAACUCCCUGACAAGAAACAGGGUCAGUAUCCUUCUUCAGGGGAUACCAAACAUGAUAAGAAUAAACAGCAGCAACAAGCACCUCAAAUGGAUCAGCAAAGCCAACAGUUGCAGCAGCAACAGCUUCUUUAUUUCCAGCAGCAGCAGCAACAACAGAUGUAUCUUAUGCAGCAGCAGCAGCAGGUGUACCAACAACAACAAGCCCAGCAGCAGCAACUCUUUCAGCAGCAGUUAAUGCAGCAGCAACAGUUUGUACUGCCGACGCCACAGCUGCAGCAAGACUCAGUUCAGCAGCAGCAGCAACUGUUUCAGCAACAACAGCAGCAGAUGAUGCUUCUUCAGCAACAGUUUAUGCAACAACAUAUGCAACAGUACCUGCAACAGCAACAAAACCAACAAGGGCCCAAGGAUCAGACGUACAAGUCAAACCCUCAGGAUGGAAGGAACAUGCAAAUGGAGCAUGCGCAACAUUCUGAAGCAUCACAGAGUGAUGGUUCCAAACUGCGGAGUGGUGAACAAUCUGAAUUAUCCUACCCGUCAACUCCACAAUCACAGCGCUCAAAUCGCUGAAUUGUUUUGGAUCACCUGUCUUCUAAUCAAAAGACAAUGAAAGAUUUAAGUACCAUCUGGCAAAUGGAUACAUGGACAUACUUAGAAACAUGAAGGCCACAUGUCUAUUUUCUAUCUUGCUCCCAAUAGAUGACCUUGACUCUGUACUGUGUCAGAAUGGUGAUGAUGAGCUGCCCGUUCCCCCUGGUGGUGAGGAAGCAUGAACUCGUGCACUUGGAUUGCUCCAUGUAACAAAUCUUAUGGUGGCUUUAUCUUGUGCUAGACUGGGUUCCUCAACUGCAGGUGACGUUAUCUACUGAGAACUAGCUUCUGUUAAACCGCGUCAUGUGAAAUGUCAGCUAUGAUGAACAUGAUCCACAGCAUGGGUAUGAACUCGGCAAUGUGCACGUCUGCAAAAGGGGCACUGUGAUAUGUCGGAGAUGAUUUGUCAUGCCUUGGUGAAUCACUCAAAUUUCAAUUAGAAAACCUUAACUCAAGCAGGGAUAUCUAGAAUAUAUAUUGAUAAAGCGGAUGGUUUCCUAUCGUAGCUCCUAUAUGUUUUAUCAUAUUGACCUUCGGCUGAAUAGUGACAAAAAGAAAGCAAAAAGGCUGGAAAUUGUGCAGUAUGCCAUAAACCUGCUGCUACAUAUUUGCAAUUCAUUUUUGGCUGGGUUAAACUGCUGUCAUACUCCUGUAUUCUCUGCAGCAAAUCGUAGUGUAUCUAGGCAUUUAGCAUUAUGUGAACACCAUAGCUUAUAGGUGAUGAUGUUUCCAAUGAUCUGAGAUAUUGAAUUUAAUUCUUAGGUAUUUCAAUCAUUUCUAGAGAAUUGGUCUGGCUACUUGAGCAUAGUGAUUGAAGGAGCUGUAAAUAUUAGAAUUCUUAGGUUUUAUGAUGUAUCUGUGAUUAUUGUAACUUGCAAUAGAAAUAUUGAAGGGGAAAAAUGCGUCA